AUGCAAGUCUUCCAGCAGUUCACUGGGAUCAACGCCAUCAUGUUCUAUGCACCAGUCCUCUUUCAGACCAUCGGAUUUAAGAAUGAUGCUUCACUUCUCUCUGCGGUCAUCACGGGGAUCGUCAAUGUUCUGUCUACCGUCGUAUCAGUGGUCUUAGUGGACAAAGUCGGGAGGAGAUUCCUGCUUCUUGAAGCUUGUGGCCAGAUGUUGAUCACACAGGUGGCUAUUGGAGGCAUUUUGCUUGUGAAUUUGAAAGCAACCAAUGAGCUGGGACACGGAGUGGCAGUUUGGGUGGUGGUGCUCGUGUGCCUAUUCGUUUCGAGCUUUGCUUGGUCUUGGGGUCCACUUGGCUGGUUGAUUCCUAGUGAAACUUUCCCCCUGGCGACGAGGACCGCCGGCUAUGCCUUUGCCGUCAGCUCCAACAUGCUUUUCACCUUUGUCAUUGCCCAAGCUUUCCUAUCUAUGAUGUGUCAUCUACGUGCCGGGAUCUUCUUCUUCUUUGGUGCAUGGAUUGUGGUGAUGGGUUUGUUCGUCAUCUUCUUAUUGUCCGAGACCAAGAACGUGCCGAUCGAUGAAAUGACCGAGAAGGUUUGGAAGCAACAUUGGUUCUGGAAGAGAUUCAUGGAUGAGGAAGAAGACAAAAAACACUCCGUCUAA